UCUCUCUGUCCCUCUCUCCCAGUUCUUCCUCAAAAGUGCCCCCUCUUCUCUCUCUAGAUUUCCCCUCUCUCUCUUUCUCUCUCUAGAUUCGUUUCUUCGUUUCUUCGAGAUUUCACAUCAGUGGGUUUGUAUGGUUUUGGAAGAUUGAAGGUUUGGAGCUAAUAAAAAAGUCUAAAAAUCAAUGGGUCUAUUGCUGCUGCUUCUUCUUUUAUCAGUCUUUACUGCUUCUUCUGGUGAAGAUGCUUUUAUUGGUGUGAACAUAGGCACAGACCUCUCUGACAUGCCAAGCCCAACUCAGGUUGUGGCCCUCCUCAAGGCUCAGAAUAUUCAUCACAUCAGGCUCUUUGAUGCUGACCGAGCCAUGCUACUGGCACUCGCAAACAGUGGAAUCCGUGUAACAGUUUCUGUUCCCAAUGACCAGUUACUAGGCAUUGGCCAAUCCAAUGCAACCGCUGCCAACUGGGUUACUCGAAACGUUCUGGCCCACGUCCCUGCCACCAAUAUCACAGGCAUUGCUGUUGGAUCCGAAGUCCUUACGACCCUCUCAAAUGCCGCUCCCAUCCUAGUCUCUGCCAUGAAAUUCAUCCAAUCCGCCCUCGUUGCCGCCAAUAUCGAUUCCCAAAUCAAAGUCUCUACCCCACACGCUUCUUCCAUUAUCCUCGAUUCAUUCCCGCCUUCCCAAGCCUUUUUUAAUCGCACUUGGGAUCCGGUCAUGGUUCCUUUGCUCAAAUUCUUGCAGUCCACGGGGUCAUACCUUAUGCUAAAUGUGUACCCCUAUUACGAUUAUGUGCAAUCAAACAAUGUGAUUCCAUUGGACUAUGCGCUUUUCCGUCCUCUCCCUCCGAACAAGGAAGCUGUGGAUUCUAACACGCUCCUUCACUACACUAACGUCUUUGAUGCGAUAGUUGAUGCAGCUUAUUUUGCAAUGUCCUAUUUGAACUUCACUAAUAUCCCCAUCGUAGUGACCGAGACAGGUUGGCCUUCCAAGGGUGACUCGUCAGAGCCAGACGCUACUGUUGACAAUGCCAACACUUACAAUAGCAACCUAAUAAAGCACGUGCUUAACAACACGGGGACUCCCAAACACCCUGGGAUUGCGGUUAGUACUUACAUAUAUGAGCUUUACAAUGAAGAUUUGAGACCUGGGUCUGUUUCAGAGAAGAAUUGGGGGCUUUUUGAUGCGAGCGGGGUGCCAAUUUAUAUCCUACACUUGACGGGUUCAGGGACAGUGUUGGCAAAUGACACGACGAACCAGACCUAUUGUGUGGCAAGAGAUGCUGCUGAUCCAAAGAUGCUACAAGCAGCCUUGGAUUGGGCUUGUGGACCAGGAAAAGUGGAUUGCUCUCCCUUGUUGCAGGGACAACCGUGUUAUGAACCAGAUAAUGUGAUUGCGCACGCAACAUAUGCUUUUGAUACGUAUUAUCACAAGAUGGCCAUGGCUGAUGGGACCUGUAACUUCAAUGGAGUUGCUGCCAUCACUACCACAGACCCAAGUCAUGGUUCGUGUCGGUUUCCGGGAAGUCGUGGUGGAAGAAAUGGCACCUCUAUAAAUGGUACGUCGCUCGCUCCGUCUUCAAAUUCAACCACAUCUGGCUCCCCUUCACAAUAUGUCAACUAUGGUGAUAAUGCUUUUGUGAGAUCUAUGGUCAUUGGUGUUUUAUUGUUGAGUGCAGUGUUCUUCUAAACUGAUACAUGGAAUCAUUGUGCAAAAUUUUUAACUGCAUCAGUGUCCUUUGAAACAUUCUGUUUCACUCUCUUUUUGGAUAACUUCCAUCAUACACAAUUUUGUUAGUGGUCGUAAGGUUUUCAAAGCAAGUCUAUUUGAUUGUGUACAAACUUCGCGGAUGUGAUUAUUGGUGUGUAGCUAUGUUUUUAGGUUAGUCCGUUUGUGCAAAGUUGAUAUUCUUUGAAACUGGAUUUGUAUGAGUUGGUAGUGGAAUCUUCUUCAUUUGUUUUCA